GCAAUGUCACACACGCUUCGUUCAGUGAACCUCAACCUCAAUCCGCGCUGUAAGCAGCAGAUACUUUACCUGAAAGCGAAACAUAAGUCAUAGCAAUACACAGUUGGUGCAAUCAGUGUGUCUUGGCGCACCAGCAGGGAUUGGAUUGGUGCUACUACAAAACUUUGGAACUUGAAGCCUUAACAGUGCAGUUCAACCAAGAUGUUUCUUUUCUCUCUCGCUGCUGUUGCGCUGCAUGGUUUUUACUUCAGCGCUGCAGACGCAUCUUUUCCGAAUGUGAAGUCAAACAACAUGAGCGCAGAAAACAACACCCUGUGCAGCGUGGUAGACAAGACCUUUACCUCAGUAUUCUUGCCGAGUGUUUAUGUGAUCGUGUUCUUUAUCGGUGUCAUCAGCAAUUGCUGGGGAUUACGGCGUUUACUUGCAAAAUGGACAACAAUCGGCUACAUCAAGGUGUUUGUUCUGAAUCUUGGCAUUGCGGACCUACUGUAUGUAAUCACAUUACCUUUUCUGGUCUGUUACUAUGCCAUGGGCGAAAAGUGGAUCUUCGGGCACGCCUUCUGUAAGAUAACUCGAUUUUGUUUCAAUCUUAAUUUAUACGGGAGCAUUGGAUUCCUAACAUGUAUCAGUGUUUACCGGUAUUUGGGCAUUGUCCACCCAAUGAAAGUGAUGGGUAGAAUCCGAGUAUGUCAUUCAGUCAUAAUAUCUGUCAUAACAUGGGUUCUGGUCGUUGCUCAAAUUGUCCCAGAUUUCUACUUCAAUAAAUCAGAUCAAAAUUCUACCGCCUGCUAUGACACUACAUCAAAUGACGAAAUCUACGAGUACCUGCCGUAUAGCAUCGGAUGGACUAUCACUGGAUUUUGUAUACCGUUGCUUGUUAUUUUGGUGUGCUAUGGUCAUGUAGCAUUCGUUCUCACCAACAGGAAAAUGCCCAGCGUGAACUCUUUGAUGAAGCAGCGAUGCUUGAAACUGAUUGCAAUCCUCACAGUGUUAUUUGUCGUGUGCUUCAUACCCUAUCACGUUUUAAGGAAUCUCAAUUUAAAGACAAGGGUAUUGCAAAUUGAAGGGGAAUGCAAUGACGCUUUCAAUCACAUCUAUGUGUCGUAUCAGGUGAGCAGAGGACUUGCUUGUCUGAACAGCGCUAUGAAUCCCUUAGUUUAUUUGGUAAUCAAUGACAAGGUCAUUAUAAAGAUGAAUGUUCUUAGCAGAAGGGCCAGACGUUCACUGGGGCAUUUAUCAGCUCGAAAUUACACCGCAGUCGAUGUACAGGUGGUCCGUUACCACCCGCGAAGAGACGAUUCACUCUUAAAAACGGACAAUGUCCAGGCCUGAAUGGUUACAAGAGUGUGUUAAACAAAUCCUUCAAAUGUUGAAUAUUGAAUGUGAAAUCUGAAGAGACUGAACAACAUGACGCUUCUGAAUUGAAAACGGCUUCUUUUAAUGCCCAAUAUGUUUCUACCAUAGCGAAGUACAGAAAUACACAGCAUGCAGACAGAUUUAGUGCAGCCGCGUUGGCUUCUUUCCAGCUUGUGUACGAACAGCACUCUAUAGUGUAUUCUGUAUGAUAAACUAAUAAUACCUGAAGCAUUUCAAUAUUGCACUGUAUAUUAAAUAGUCUAUUUCAUCUGGGUUACUCAGCGUUACUGUAAAUAAUCAUAUACAAUGUAUUAAACUAUUUCAAACAGGGAAUAUUACUGCACUUAGGAAAUUUGAUUCAGCAACAUUGUCAAUCAACAGCGGCUCACUUUACAUCGACAAUGCUCUGACUUUAUGAUUAAGAUAUCUUAUAGUCGUUUAUUUUGUAUCAACAAAUCAUCAAAUACUGCACUCAUAUUAGUAAUACAUUACUGGUGAGGUUUGUUCAGGAAUCCUUUACUAAAUCACAAUUUGCUUCCCCAAAACCUUUAUCUGAAUCCUUUGAGUCUCUGUCAGAUGGCAAGUUUGCUGUUCAUUCGCCUAGCAGGACCAUUGAAAUAUUAUUCUAUACAGCAGAUGCUUUUUAAAGUGUGGAAGUCAAGUAGACACAUAUUUCAUUAAAGGCAUCAGAUAGUGCAUCAGUCAAUGUUUUUAAAAGCAGUGGAUGGAAAAAUAGAUUUCUACAAGACAUCUACAUUGCCUCAGCAGCAGAACAUUGUAAAGAAUGUCUUUGUUUAUGUUUUCAAAACUCAAAUGAAGAAAUAUCUGUUCUAAUUUGCGCAACCGCAUUUAAAGCCUGCUUUGAAUAUUUGUUUUGUUUUUAAAAUAGCAAGAUGCUUGUCUAGCAAAGUGUAAUGAAGAGCAAAACAGGACAUUUUCUGAAACAAGAUUUGUCUGACUUUUCCAGAUCUAUUCUAAAGUGGUUCCAGAAAAUCCCCAGUCAAGUUCACACAACGUUUUUCUUAUUUAUAUGAGCAGCCUUCUGUUAACACUUGAUUAGUCUCCUUCCCUUUGGCAGGGGGAAACAUCUGUCUGAAACAUGCCGUAACACUGGCAUUAGGUUGUGGGGCCACCAUUAACAGGCAACAUAUCUGAGUGGUGUUUAAUAUGCACCUCACAGUGCUUACAACUUUCCUUCAGGUAAAUUGGAGAUGAAAAAAACAAAGUGUGUUCAUCAAACCACAGUAAUCUACAGUAUAUCGGUCUGUCAGAUUGCUGUCUUGCUCGUCAUGACUGAAAGUAACUUGCAACAGGAAGUACUUAGGUGCAGCACUGUAUCAGUAUAAAUAUUAUGCAUGUCUUCAAUGUGUGUGUGUGUGUAUGGUAUUUACUCAAAUUUAAGUCACACUUUUGUGUCAAAAUAAAAGUUCAAAUUUGGGGGGAGGAACUUGGAUUCAAGGUUUUUAAUUAGGGUACCAAUUUACAUUUGCGCAUGUCAGUUAUUCUGAUGCGCUUGAACACGACCAACUGUACAAAGUACUGCCCACUACAGAUAUUACUCUCGGGACUGUGCCGGUAUAUUAAAAUGGAUGCACAGCGAACUUCAGGAACAUUUUUUAAUGCAGCUUUUAAAAGAAAAGUAAUUUUGUUUACUGUGGAAAUGACAGAGUCACGUUGGCCAAAUUAAACAAACGAGGACAAUAAAGCAGACUGAAGUUCAAAGUAAUUUACCCUUUCCCAGCUACAUAAACUGCAGUGACUGUUGUUCAAUACUGAAAGUACUGUAUUGUACAUAUUUUCUUUUCCCAUUUGCAUUUGUAAUAGGUGGUGUACUCUGAUGCUUUAAUGUACUGUAAUACAGUGUUCCCUGUUGGCACCUAGAAAUUAAAUAAUUUAACCAUUUUUUUUUCAUUAAGAGUUAAAAGUGACUUGCAUUCAGGGUCUAUUUUUUUGGUGUCUGUAUUUGGGGGUGCAACUUAAAUUUGAGUAAGCACGGUAUAUAUAUAAAUAUUUCCUCAUAAUGCCAUUUCACUUUGUAUAUGUUAAAUUACUUAGAAAGGGUUGCUUGCUAUAAUACCAUGAAAAUACAAUAUAAUCUAGCGAGUAAAAAUAGUAUUUUGGAAAAAAAAUCAUUCUGCUCUUGAAUAUAAAAAUAAAUGUGGUUUAUGGAUUA